CAACUCUCCUCGUUCAACCUUGGUGUAUCUCAGGCUCUCUACUUCUAAAGCACAAACAAGAAGCUAACCAUGUUGAGAUUCAGCAAGUUAAUGAAAUGCGUGCCAAACGCUGCUACAAAAAGAUUCAUCUCGACAAAGGACUAUUUGUCUUCACACGUUCCAUUUGAAGUCACGACCUACUCUCGUCCUCCUUUUAUUCUCGCAUCGGCAAAGGGAUCCUAUCUUUAUGAUUUGGACCAAAAGAAGUACAUUGAUUUUACCGCGGGGAUUGCCGUCGUCUCGCUAGGUCAUUCCGACCCGGAAAUCGCCAAGAUCAUGUUCGAUCAAGCUUCCACACUCAUGCACAGCUCCAACCUCUACCACAACCCAUGGACUCUCGAGCUAAGCAAGCAGUUGGUAGAAAAAACAAAGAAAUUCAACGGUAUGCACGACGCAUCUCGUGUGUUCUUAUGCAACUCGGGUACCGAAGCUAACGAAGCCGCUUUGAAAUUUGCCAGAAAGCACGGAAAGUCCUUUUCUUCUGACAAAACCGAAUUUAUCACUUUCAAAACCUCUUUCCAUGGUCGUACUAUGGGCGCAUUGAGUGUCACCCCUAACCCUAAAUACCAAGCACCAUUUUCACCAUUGGUCCCCGGAGUCCAUGUCGCAACUCCCAAUGAUAUAGAUUCAGUCCGUGCCUUGAUCAAUGAGAAGACUUGUGGUGUCAUUAUCGAGCCUGUUCAAGGUGAAGGUGGUGUCCAUCCAAUGAAGCCUGAAUUUCUGAUCCAAUUGAAACAGCUAUGUAAGCAAAACAACGCCGUUUUGAUUUAUGACGAAAUUCAAUGUGGUAUGGGCCGUAGUGGUACCUUAUGGGCUCACUCAAAAUUACCAAAGGAAGCUCACCCAGACAUUUUAACCAUGGCUAAAGCCUUGGGUAAUGGUUUCCCAAUCGGUGCAACAAUGAUCAGUGAGGACGUCGAAAAUGUGUUGAAGGUCGGUGAUCACGGAACCACUUUUGGUGGUAACCCAUUGGCUUGUAGAAUCGGAUGCAACGUACUAGAAAGAAUAGCUGACGAAGAGUUCUUGGCCAAAGUCAACCAAAAAAGUGAAUUAUUGAGAAGCAAGCUUAAUGAACUAAAGGAAAAAUAUAGCGAUUCCAUUGUUGAGGUCAGAGGACAAGGUUUGAUUUUGGGUUUGGAGUGCAAGGAAAGCCCGGCAAAGAUUGUUGCAAAGGCUCAAGAUUUGGGAUUGCUAGUCAUCACUGCAGGAGGUAACGUCAUCAGAUUCGUUCCACCGCUAAACAUUGAGGACGAGACUUUGAUUGAAGGUGUCAAAAUUUUAGACAAUGCAUUCGAAGCUUCAGUGGCCGAACAAUCAUAAUGCAUUGAUGAAAUAAUUAUUAUAUUUUAUACUUUGGAGAACAAUUAUAUAAUUAAGGAGUAAAUUCAUAAUAGAUCCUAUUAAAUGUACGUAUUAAGAAUAGAAUGUCUUUACUUAUUUCCUAUUCCAGACUCUGCCGCCAAACACUUCCAAUGUUUCAAAAUCUGCAAGGCUUUCACUGUCAAUUUUGAGGGCAAAAUAAAACCCACUGAUCAAGACCAGAUACAAGAAGAUCAAAAUGGAGCCUUUGAAAUAGUUACUUUUACCUUCGGUGUAAAUGUAAGUGAACAUGUAAACCCCAAGCAAAGAUGCUAUGAAGUCCCAAUGUGGAAAAAUUAGGGAGAAGAUUUUGUCGACUCCAAUGCUGGCAAGCUGUCCUGGAUCCACAGCGCCCAUCUCACCAGUAAUGCCAAAUGUACCAGCAAUAGCAUUUUCCACAGG